UUUCACUAGAGAUAGAAUCCAAUAUGGUGUCUGUCGUUCAGCGGUUAUCGUUGAACGUCCCUAAAUAUUUUUUGAAUUAAAGUAAUUUUAAACGAAUCAAAAACUAUGGAAAUUCGAUUAAAAGUUAAUUGUUGGUCAUAAUAAGUGCUGUACGAGGCGAGCACUCAAUCAAGUUUCGGGGGGGGAAAAAUAAAAAAAAUUUUUUUUUAGCCUCUGACGGAGGUUUUUCCUCUGUCCCUGAAUUUUUUUCUUUUGGUGUAAAUACUCAUUGGAUUUUAUAAUUUUAUUAAGUGAUUUUUGUUGUUUAUUAUAUUUUGGGGAAAAAUUGUGGGUUAGAAAAAUGGAUGACAUUAAGGGGAACACAAUUGUGGAUUCUAUGGAAGUACCCGUGACAGAGGGAACGAAAGCAAAAUUAAAAGUUGGAAAGAAUAGUGUAAUCACUGACGUUGGCACUCUAAAUAUUAAGUCUCGACUUAAUUUGGAAAAUGACAAGGUCGAAGAGGAAAAACCACAAACAAAUGGCUUGCACCAGAUGAACGGCGUUUGUGAAUCACUCCAAAGUAAUUCUGAUUCCACAACAUCUGAAAUUCAAUCCCAAAAUGUGGAAACUAGUCAUGUAAAUUUAAAUCAACCUGAGAAAAGUGAAGAAACAUCUACAGAAAAUAAGGAUAGUGACAUUGAGUAUGUGAGCUACACUAGUGAAUUGCAAAUGCCCGACAUUAUGAAAUUAAUUCAAAAGGAUCUGAGUGAACCUUACUCUAUUUAUACCUAUAGAUAUUUCAUUCAUAAUUGGCCAAAAUUAUGCUUCUUGGCGAUGCACGGAACCGAGUGCGUGGGUGCCAUCGUGUGCAAGCUGGACAUCCACAGGAAGGUGAUAAAACGCGGUUACAUUGCAAUGUUGGCGGUGGACGUGAAAUUCAGGAAACGUAAGAUUGGCUCGAAUUUGGUGCGACGUGCAAUUGUGGCGAUGGUGGAGGACGACGCCGAUGAGGUGGUUUUAGAGACUGAAAUUACCAAUCGUCCUGCGCUGCGACUGUAUGAAAACCUUGGCUUCGUUAGAGACAAACGGCUUUUUCGGUAUUAUUUGAACGGUGUCGAUGCCUUGCGAUUGAAAUUAUGGCUCAGGUGAAAUUCAACUUUGUGUUUAUGCCAAUAGGAACUUAAAUAAUUUUUGCGAGAUGACUAACAGUGUCCUCUUCACUGGACUUGAUUUCGGUAAAAACGGAAACAAAUAAAAAGUUGAAAUAAAAUAAAGUAAAAUAAAAUAAAAUAAAAUAUAAACGCUUAUGCCAAAGAAGUUAUCUCCAAUUCUGUUCGAUAUUCCGAUAUCGUUUCACAACUCCUGGCUGUGCGUUCGAAUGAAAUGGCAGGGACUAAGUAAUCUGAUCUCGAAAGGAGAUAAGCUCUUUGGCAAUUCUUUCACCAGCUAAGAAUCACACUACUACAAAGAAAAUAAUCGACUGAAUUGUUCGGAACUUGGAUGGGGAACGGAAAUAAAGAGUUUUGCACUUGAUUUCAAAUUUUCAUCUUAUAGGCGAAGAGCUCACUUUACGACUAAAAACAUAAUAGUCAAAAAAUGCAAAAAAGAAAAAAAAUGUACAAAUUGUCUGAGAAACCUUUUUUUUUAUUUAAAACAGUUUUUAUGCGAGCUAAAAUCUCGAGUGGUUAAAUGUUUGUUUUAGUCGUAAGAAUUUAAAUGAACAUUGGAUAAUGAUAUGUGAAUCGUGGGAGGGGGGCUAUCGUUGAUUGGAAGACGAGUGAGCCAUAUUUGUGAAAAAAAAAUUAUCAAAAAUAAAGAAAAUAAAAAAAGAAACAGUUUCACGGUAGGUAAAUAAAUUUCCAAAUUCAUUCACAAAGUGAUAUGUAAGAAUUGUCCGAUAUUUAUAAAAGUAUAUAUAUUUAAUAUAGAAAAUGAUUAAGUAAACUAAUUGUUUGUGGACACUCGAAGCGAAAGCUCGUACGCAUUACUGUCUACCUAAUUAAUUAUACCUACCUUUGUAUAAAAUAAAAAUUAAUAAAAUCGAAACAGAUCAUUAUGUAUCUAUUAACAAAACUGUAAAAAAUGUUGAUAAAAAUGAAUAAAUGUUUUUACACAUA